AUGGAUGAAGUUUCAACUGCUGCAACAGUCUUCUACCCUGAAUUGAGAGGAAAACGUGCCGUUGUAACGGGCGCGGGUAAGGGAAUAGGCGCUGAAACUGUCGAUGGGCUCAUUACUCAGGGCUGUUACAUAAUCGCCAUUUCUCGAACGCAAGCCGACUUGGACAAAUUGAAACAAAAAUACGACUCGACUAAAAUUGAAACUAUUCUUCUCGAUAUUACCCAUUGGAAUGAGGUCGACAACAUUUUCUCGAAGUUGGAACCAUUUCAUUAUUUGAUCAACAAUGCUGGAAUUGCCAUUUGUGGUCCAUUUUUGCAAGUGAGUGAACAAGAUAUCGACUCUGUAUUUGGCGUGAACGUAAAAGCAUGUCUUCACGUGGCACAAUGCGCUGCCAAGAAAAUGCUGGAAAACAAAAUCAAAGGAGUUGUUGUCAAUAUUUCCAGUCAAGCGUCCAAAAGACCGAUUAAGGAUCAUACAAUGUAUUGCUGCACCAAAGCAGCCCUCGAUAUGUUGACAAAAAUGAUGUCGCUUGAAUUGGGUCCUAGUGAGAUUCGAACCGUAUCCGUCAACCCGACUGUUGUUAUGACAGAUAUGGGGCGAAAAAAUUGGUCUGAACCGUCGAAGAGUGAGAGUAUGUUGUCGCAAAUUCCACUGAGGAGAUUUGCUGAAGUGGACGAGGUCGUUAAGCCUAUUUUGUUUUGUUUGAGUGACGGAGCGGCUAUGAUCAAUGGCUGUGAUGUUAACAUUGACGGGGGAUUUGUGUCAGCUUAG